AUGGAAGAUCGCCCAACUGGUUUUAGAUUCUACCCAACAGAAGACGAAUUGGUUUCGUUUUAUCUGCAUAACAAGCUAGAAGGAAGGAGACAAGAUCUCGAUCGGGUUAUACCUGUUGUCGAUAUCUACGACUACAACCCAUGGGACCUCCCACGAGAAUUUUGUCAAGGAGACACAGAGCAGUGGUUCUUCUUCUUCCCUAGACAAGAGAAAGAGAACCGCGGAGGAAGACCUAAUCGCCUCACGGCUUCCGGAUAUUGGAAAGCUACUGGAUCUCCGGGGUCUGUUUUCUCCCAUCAUAACCGAAUAAUCGGAAUGAAGAAAACAAUGGCUUUCUACACAGGAAGAGCUCCAAGUGGAAGGAAGACUGAAUGGAAGAUGAAUGAGUAUAAAAUCAUUGAAGGAGAAGCAUCUUCAUCAACUAGUAAAACUCCUAAGGUGUUUGAUAGACGGCCCUCGGGAGUGACGAGAAUUGAAGUAACAGGUCACGAACUUCAUCGUGGCAAUGAGGCAACAACAUCAUCACUUCAAAACCAACCAAUGAGGGAGAGAACAAGCUCACCGGAUAGCUCAUCUUCAGGAGACCAUGCCAAUCCAUCACAAAAUAUCGAAAAAGAUAGUUCGGAUGUGCCUGCUGAUAAUGACACUUUUUGGGACUUGGAACCGCUCAAUUGGUUUGACUGA